AUGUCGUGGCCAUACGAGAGCAGGGAGGGCUCCAUGGCAGUCCUGAGGAGAAGGGAGAAGGCCGGCAAACCGGGCUCUCUAUUAGAACAGCUGCUGUCUGGUCACCUGGUUGUAAUAGCAGGUGACAUGCUGUGUGCCAAGUUCCGUGACCUUUCAGAACCGAAGCCUGGAAAAUCCCGGCAGUUCUGCUGCAUGGCACUGGAGGAGGUGAGCCUGGAGCUGCGCCGCCCUCCAAGGACUCUCAGAGCUCAGAAGGGAUGGAGAAAGCCUGAGGCCCAGGGUCGUGAGAUGGGCAGUGAGCUGCAGCCAUCAUUUGCCUAUGUCCGGCAGCAGGACUCCUGGGAGAUACACCCAUGGUCACGGCAGGGAAGAUGGCUGGACUCACUGCCCUCUCUUUUUUGUUCCUACCCUGGCCUAGGCAUUGUGCGAGCCUCCAGUGUAUUCCCCAUCCUCAGCACCAUUCUGCUCCUGCUUGGAGGGCUCUGCAUCGGGGCUGGGAGGAUCUACAGUCGAAAGAACAAUAUUGUCCUCAGUGCAGGCAUCCUCUUUGUGGCUGCAGGCCUCAGUAACGUCAUUGGCAUCAUCGUCUACAUUUCCAGCAACACAGGCGACCCCAGUGACAAACGUGACGAAGACAAAAAGAACCAUUACAACUACGGCUGGUCUUUUUACUUUGGAGCCCUGUCGUUUAUUGUGGCAGAGACGGUGGGCGUCCUGGCUGUAAACAUUUACAUUGAGAAAAAUAAAGAGUUGCGGUUUAAGACCAAGCGGGAAUUCCUUAAGCCCUCUUCCUCCUCUCCUUAUGCCAGGAUGCCGAGCUACAGGUACCGGCGACGGCGGUCCAGGUCCAGUUCCAGGUCCACUGAGGCCUCGCCCUCCAGGGAUGCGUCCCCUGUGGGCCUGAAGAUCACUGGGGCCAUUCCCAUGGGUGAGCUGUCCAUGUACACACUGUCCAGGGAGCCCCUCAAGGUGACCACAGCUGCCAGCUACAGCCCAGACCAGGAUGCCGGCUUCCUACAGAUGCACGACUUCUUCCAACAGGACCUAAAGGAGGGUUUCCAUGUCAGCAUGCUGAACCGGCGGACGACUCCCGUGUGACCUGCCCACCUGUCUCCUCACCGGCCUCCCCCAGAGUGGCUGUUUGUGUGACAUGCAACAGCGUGACCCUUAAGAUUAUAGACAGUGAACUGGAGCCAAGGGCAGCCCUCCCUGGCGUCCAGAAGAUGCCAUGGACUGGCUUAGAGUGAAGGAAGCCUGGAGACAGGAAGCAGGGCUAGGGUAGAAACUGAAGGCUGACUUUCUCCCAAGACAGGUAUAUUGCUGCCCUCUGGGUCUCUGAAAUUUUCCAGGAGGCCCAAGAAUUUUCCAGAAGCUGCAUCAGCCUGCCUCUUGGAAACCAGUCAUGCCAGAAGGAGAUGUCAAACCCUUUUCCCUCACCUGGGCACUGGGCCACAGGAAGGCUUCUUCCAGAACUAGGACCUCUGGGCUCCUGUCAGCUGUUUCCUACCCAGAAGUUCCUGUGUCCUGGAGCCCUCGCUCCAUUCCCCUCUGUGUCUCCCUCUCUCAGCCUCUGUCUGGCACCCCGGUGGAGCCUGUGGUUGUAAGCUUCAUCUGUCCUAAGUGAAAGUUUUAUGGCUACCUGGUGCUUCGGCCUUGAGCUGUCCUGUGGCCAGUUUCUCUCCACCUCAGGAGACCAGGAAUCUAGGGCAAAGGCAGAGGCUCUGCUGGCUUUCCCGCCUGCUUCUGGAAGUUUCUGCCGAGCUCAGCAUGGGCAGGAGAUCAGGAGGGUUCCAUGGGUCUGAGGAAAGGUAGGCAUGUAGCCUCUGGCUAUGUCCCUCUCCACUUGCCUGAGGAAACACUCUGUCCUCUGAGCAACAGAGGACCCUGCUGGGAGGGGGAACCAUACUCCCACCUCCAAACUGGUGUUCCACAACAGAUGUACAAACUUCAGUGCAAGAAAGGGUGACCUGAGGGUGAGAAGAGACAAAGAAGAACAAAGAAAGAGCAUGUGUUUCCAAGUGACUCUGAAUCAUGGCAUACCGAAGGAAAAACAAAAACAAAAACAAGAGCAGGAGAACAAGCUGCACUCAACUCCUCAUCCUAAAAAGUAGCAAUGACACCUCCCCCAACUCCUGCCGUUAUAAUUUAUUCUGCCGACACCCGAAGGACUCCGUGGACAUUUGACUUCAAGGGGCUGUCCUGGGCUUUCUAACUUUGCCUGAAUUAAGGAUGAGUUCUGUGUUUUACAGUUUGCCCAGCCGUUCCCCCUUCCCCUCUUGAGGUGAGCAGAAACCAUGUGAGGGUACCCAGAUUAGAAAGAACUCUCCAGGAAGUGGAACUCACCCCCUUUUCUAUAACACCUGUGCUUUCUAAGGAUCAAUUGUUUCUUACUUUUUGAGACUUCUUAAUCCAAUCUUGAACAGUCAUCUGUGACCCCGGUAACUGUCUCACUUAGAAGUGACAAGCCAAUUCUUACCUCAGUCGCCUGCUCAUGGAGCCCCCUAGGCUGACUCAGAGUUAGACCCAGCUCCAUUUGUCCUUCCCUGCCUGCCCUCCAUUGCCCCCACCAUCCCAAAUGAAGACAUCCCAAGUCAUAGCCCCAGCCAACGGCCCAUGAGCUAGUGAGCUGAGAUGUGGGCAUGCCAGGGUUCCUUUGUACUUGCUCAAAACCAUCCCCUCCUGGCCAGGUUGGCUUCUUGGCGUGUGUCAAAGCAUUCACAGCAGUGAGCACCAGAGUCCCAAUGUGUGGUCUGUCCCUGCUGCUGGCCCUCCCCCUGCCCACCUCCCUAGCCAUCCUCACCUCCCCUCUACCACCACCGUAACAUCUUUCGAGGCUGAAGGAAGCACCCACCCCCAGGGAGACCCAAGACCUAUCUUGUGUCUCUUCUGGAACUAAAGCAGCCUAUGGUAAACUUCCACACAAGCCACCUUCCCAACUGUGGUCCCAGAAGUUUCCAUGACCCCACAUGAGAAAGCUGUGUUCCGAUGAAUCCUACCUCUUGUCCAGUCCCAGGCAGAGUACACAGGCCCAGUCCAGGGACUGAGAAAGAGCUAGAAUGAAAAGGAAGAAGAGAUGGGGGUAGAACACAGGGUGUAGAACCUCAGCUGCUCCAGCCCUCACCACCUCUCUCCCACUGACCAUCGGCCUCACUCUGGGGACCCUGGUUGCCAGCUUGCCCUCCCUGUGGGACAAAGGGAGUGGAUCUGGGCCCCACUGCUAACAGUCUCAGAUCUGGCUCCCUGUCUGCUGGGACACGAGGCCUGAGCCCAUCUUCCCACCCCUCCUCUGUCCUACCCCUCCCCUGUGUGUUUCACCAGUUAAGCCCCUGUGAUCCUGUACCCACCAGUGGUUUGGGGUUGUUAGUUCUGUCUCUUUUUUUUAAUGAAAUAAAAAC